AUGAGCCUGCGGCUUUGUAGACAGCGACGUGUGGCUUCAAGUGUGGAGAUUUCGAUCUUGCGCCCUUCAGGGACAUCGUGGCGUUCACCACCAUCUGACUUCUUCACCACUGGGCGGGACAUACCCUUCCCUCACCAAAGUUGGCCCUCGGUUCAAAUGGCAAGUGUGAAACUGGUGUCAUUGAAGUUGUGCGUCUCGCCGACAUCGAGACCGCCAGCAAUGCACUCUUCGGUGUCAUCUCCUCCAGAGUGA